UCGAACGGACUUACGCAGACCAUGUGAACCCUCUCUUAAGGUCAUACGAGCCUGGAAUAUGCUGCGACGAAUCCCUCAAUUUUCUCAUCACCUAAUAUACCUUCAAACAAACAGACCCUUCACAACCCUCCAACUGACAUUUAAUUCCUUCCCUCCCAAUUCCUCUGAUUCAAACACUCCGCGAUGCAACGUUCACCUACAUCAUGCAUUACAAGAAAUGUGCGUACAGGGCCUUAACAUGAAAUUCAAACACUAUGAUGCCGUGUUAAACGAGUGCGUGAAUCAUAAGUCUUUGAGGGGAGGCCAAAGGGUGCAAGCCCACAUGAUGAAAACCCAUUAUCUGCCCCCUGUGUACCUUAGGACGAGGCUGAUUGUGCUGUACGUGAAGUGUGAGGUUCUGAGUGAUGCGAGAAUGGUGUUUGAUGAAAUGCCAGUGAGGAAUGUAGUGUCUUGGACUGCGAUGAUUUCCGGGUAUACCAAAUCUGGGCUUUACUCGGAGGCCCUGAGCCUCUUUGUUGAGAUGCUAAGAUCAGGUACCUGUCCCAAUGAGUUCACUUUUGCCACGGUACUUACCUCUUGUAUGGGCGCUUUUGGCUUUGAAUAUGGGAGGCAAAUUCACUCACUUAUAGUUAAGAGCCCCUUUGAACUCCACAUGUAUGUCGGUAGCUCACUUCUUGAUUUGUAUGCUAAAUCUGGAAGAAUCCAUGAAGCACGGAUCAUAUUUGAAGGUUUGCCAGAGAGAGAUGUUGUUUCUUGCACUGCUAUUAUUUCAGGCUAUGCUCAAUUGGGACACGACAGAGAGGCACUCGAUCUAUUUUGUACAUUGCAGAGAGAAGGAAUGGCUUCAAACUAUGUCACUUAUGCUUGUGUUGUAACCGCACUUUCUGGUCUUGCUGCUUUUGAAUAUGGAAGGCAAGUGCACGGCCAUGUUCUUCGAUCUGAACUAUCCUUCUGUACUGUCCUUCAGAAUUCGUUGAUUGAUAUGUACUCAAAAUGUGGAAACCUCAAUUAUGCUAGGAGUAUAUUUGAUAAGAUGCAAGAAAGAACUGUUAUCUCUUGGAAUGCAAUGCUAGCAGGGUAUAGCAAACAUGGGAUGGGAAAAGCUGUAGUCGAUUUAUAUAACAUGAUGAGGGAAGAAAACAAAAUCAGUCCUGACAGCACCACUCUCUUAGCUGUAUUAUCUGGCUGCAGCCAUGGAGGAAUGGAAAACAAAGGCCUGAAAUAUUUUGAUGAGAUGGCUGGAAAAUAUGCAACGAAGCUUGGUAUUGAGCACUAUGGCUGUGUCAUUGACUUACUUGGACGUGCUGGGCAAUUAGAGAGGGCCUUGCAAUUCAUAGAAGAGAUACCUUUUAAACCAAAUGCUGCUAUCUGGGGUUCACUUUUGGGGGCUUGUAGGGUUCACCAAAAUAUUGGAGUUGGAAAAAUUGCUGGCAACCGACUUCUUGAAUUGGAGCCUGAAAAUGCUGGGAAUUAUGUGAUCCUUUGUAAUUUAUAUGCAUCCAAUGGAAAAUGGGAUGAAGUAAGAAAAGUGAGAGAGUUGAUGAAGGAACAAGCCGUGAUGAAGGAGCCAGGAAAGAGCUGGAUAGAGUUUGGUCGAACCCUUCAUACCUUUUAUGCAAGUGAUCGAUCACAUCCAAGAAAGGAAGAGGUGUUAUCUAAGGUAAGACAAUUAUCGGAUAGAAUAAAGGAAGUUGGUUAUAAACCUGAACUGAGUUCUGUUUUGUAUGAUGUGGAUGAGGAGCAGAAAGAAAAAAUGCUGCUAGGCCACAGUGAAAAGCUAGCUUUGGCUUUCGCAAUGAUGAAUGUUUCUGAAGCAAAGCCUAUACGUAUAAUGAAGAAUCUACGAAUUUGUGUCGAUUGCCAUAACUUUGCAAGAUUUGUAUCUCAGGUGUAUGUCAGGGAAAUACUCAUAAGAGAUAAGAGUAGGUUUCAUCAUAUUGUAAAUGGAGUAUGUUCUUGUGGAGAUUAUUGGUAAAUUCUUACUCAUACCGAGUUUUUUU